ACUGCUACCAAUCAAUUUAGAAUAGGCUAUAUCGCAGGCACCGACGGAAAAAAUGUAAACAUUAGCUACUUUCAUUGCUGAUUCAAAAAAUGGCUACUGCAAAGUUUGUCAGUAUUCCCGACGCAGACAUUGACCCUAAUGGUGUGUUUAAGUACGUGCUUAUUCGAGUACACAGUACAGAAGAUGACAGCAGUAAAGAUAUCGUACGAGGCUACGCAUGGGCUGAAUACCACGCGGACAUAUAUGACAAAGUGUCAGGAGAAUUAGAAAGAGCAGGCAGUGUAGACUGUGAGUGUCUUGGUGGAGGCAGAAUCAAGCAUGACAGCCAGGCCAAGAAAAUUCAUGUUUAUGGAUAUUCAAUGGGUUUUGGCAGAGCAAACCACUCUGUCUCCACAGAGAAGCUGCAGGCACGUUACCCAGACUAUGAGGUUACCUGGGCAGAUGAAGGCUAUUGAUGGAUACACUCCUAUGUGGCCAGUAUUCGUCAAGACUCUGGCUCUUCUUUGACCUCCAGUACAGAUCAGAUUUGAAUGCCAUGGUUGGAGGACAGAGCAUUUGUUUUGGUAUUGCCUAUAUAGCAAAUCCAGAGGAACAAGUGGAACUUCAACCAAUUGACAUUUCUGUUUUUGGAAUAAUAUCAGCUAUCUAGUGCAUCACCCGUUUACUUUGUAUGUGUUUAUGCUUAAUAUCUGCAUUCUGGACUUGAACAUUUUAUAUAACUUGGCCCGUGUUAAACACCCUAAUUAGUUCAGUCAGAAAAUGCAAGGUUGUCACUGAACCUCCUGAAGAUUGUGUCUGGGUACCACUCAGCUAAAAAUCUAAUGUUUUUCAUCUCAUGUAGUAAGUGCGAUUUGAUGCAUAAGAAGACUAGGUAUUUGCAGGUAAACUGAUUCGUAACCCCAGGUUAAGUAUUAAAAUGUAUACUUAAUCAGGUGAACAAUGUUAAAGGAAACUUGAAAAAUAAAUCAUUGGUAUGGAA